CAAAGCUCAAAUCAGAACAAACAACAUGGCGUCCACGCUGGAGUCGUAUGUCAAUCGUAUCCUUUACUAAAUCUCAUUGAUUUAUUAUUUAAAACGUAGAAACGUAGAUGAAUUUAGGGAAGCUGGUUGCAAAUCUAACAUAGAACUUCGUAAGAUCAGUAGUAAUUGAAUCGAACAAUGAAUUACGCUUGAUCUCAAGAGCACAACAUUAACAGAUUAUAAGAAUCUCGCAAUGGAAAGUCGUCCUGUGUUAUUAUGCCCGGUAGAUGCUGAAAGUGGCACGAUAAACUUGUCAUCCUAAUGUGGAAGACUCAGCGAAUACGCGAGGGCGAAUUUUUCCCUCAUCACACCGGAAUUAAGGCAUGAUUGAUAAGCAUCUGUUGUAAUAGCUUUUUGAAGUAGGCUCCAGAGCUAUAAUAUCCGGGGGAGGGGGGGGGGAUUCUUCCUAGUGGUAGGUUAAUGGGUAUGUGCCGCUGGAUGGGGUCGCAUUUUCACAACUGGAUUAACUAUUGUGCAUGUGGGGUUGCAUUAUUAAAAGAGUUACUAGAAUGGGGUUGCACAUUUUCAGGAUUUUGGGAGUCAGAAAAUUCAGGUAUGUAGGGAUUUAAAAGUAGAAAGAUUUACAAGUUUAACAAAUUGGUCAGUCUAUUCCAGGAUGACCAAGUUAAAAGGCUUUAUAAGGUAGAUGUGUAAUAAGAAAGUGACCAAGUUGGGCUUGCGAAAAUCACUUUGUUCCCAAAGUGACUAAGAUGGGGUUUAUAAUCUGGCCACAGAACCGUACUAUAAUGGGGUAGGGGUUCUGAGAGGCCAGCGGCAUAUACCUAGCAAAAAUUAACCCAAGUACCCCCUCCCCCAACUCCCCGGGGCUAUUUAUAAGCUUAUCAACCUCAUACGUCUCUUGCAAAUGGAGCCACCACGUGAACCCUUGCUUCUUAACAGCUGAAUUAAAAAAUAACUGUUGCCCUCUUUGAUGCUGUGAUAUUCAGAUACAGUAGCAGUUAUAACUCAGGAUGGUAGAAUGAUUGUGGUAAGUUUUCUUUCCCUUAAUCUACAGGUCAGUUGUCCCUAAUAAAGAGUCAAACAAUGAUAAAAUAUUUCUUGUAAUAAACACCCCCCAUAUUCAUCUAACAUGGAUUCACUGAUUAGAGUGAUAGAUAGACAACUACUUCACAGUAUUACACUCUGAUUUCAUUGUUUUUUUCUUUGUUUACUUGCAACUAUUGGGCACUAAUUGUUAGAUAUUGUUUCAUGGGUUAAGUAAAAUCACUCUAUACCUCUAUUUGUCAGGUAUUGAUUUUUUAUCAAUGUUAAUUCCUAUGUACAUAUUUUUUGUCUUCAGGGAACACUCAAAGGCUUUGAUCAGACAGUAAAUUUAAUUUUAGAUGAGAGCCACGAGCGAGUAUUUUCUUCCGGUAGUGGAGUGGAACAAGUCAUGCUUGGUCUUUACAUUAUAAGAGGAGACAACAUGUAAGAUCCAUAAAAUAAAUAAAAAUAUAUUCUUUACUACUAACAAUAGAACCUCCAUUUCUCCUCUGGUUUCCCCACAAAAAUAAUGAUCUCUGAAACCAGUGGUGUUGUGGCAAUAAUGUCAGCUGUUUUCUCGGCUACUGUGAUUGCUGAGGUGCUGUUUUAAUACAUUUAUGAUCUCGGUGUUCCCUGUGGUUGCUUAACCUAUUUUCAGCGAUUGUCACAGUCAAAGGUUAGCCCAAACCCCAGUUGGAAAAUUAUUGCACCAUUUUCAUUGAACACUUAUCUUUUGUUUUCAGUGCUGUAAUAGGAGAAAUUGAUGAGGAAGCAGAUGCGAACCUGGAUCUGAAUAGCAUUCGUGCUGACCCACUGAAUGCAGUUGUCUACUGA